CUUCCUUCUUCCUACGAGCCCAGUUUGCCAUCUGCUGAGCGAUCACGUGACACAUCUGUCAGGGGACAGCAUGGCGGACAUGCAUGUGGAGCUUCAAAACAAAUUGCACCGACUGUCCAGCUAACCCAGCCGCGAGAAACAUCCAUACCGCGCGUAAAGACGGGCCGUCGGUGCCCGAACAGACCGCAGGAUGGACGAGGCGAACAAACUCCAGUUCCCGUCUCUGCCCGCGACCAAAGAGGACCUUUUGGACUGGGCUUAUCCAAUGAGAAGAGAAAUGCAGGAGAUCGUACCAGGACUCUUUUUAGGUCCCUACUCUGCUGCAAUGAAAAGCAAGCUGCCAAUUCUUGAGAGACAGGGCAUAACGCACGUUGUGUGUGUUCGCCAAGACAUUGAAGCCAAUUUUAUCAAACCUAAUUUCCCUCAUUCAUUUAGAUACCUUGUGUUAGAUAUUGCGGACAAUCCAGUGGAAAAUAUAAUACGAUGUUUCCCUUCAGUGAGUUACAAAACUAAAGAAUUUAUUGACGGCUGCUUAGCAACAGGAGGAAAGGUACUGCUUCAUGGUAAUGCAGGGAUAUCAAGAAGUGCUGCCUUAGUGAUUGCAUACCUUAUGGAAACAUUUGGGAUGAAAUACAGGGAUGCAUUCAGCCACGUCCAGGAGAGAAGGUUCUGCAUCAACCCCAACGUGGGCUUUGUGCAUCAGCUCCAGGAAUAUGAAGCGAUCUACUUAGCCAAGUUGACCAUUAAGAUGAUGUCCCCGAUGCAGCUGGGCCGGUCCUUCUCCUUACAAGCUGGGAUGACAGGAAGCCGUAAGCGCAGCCUGGAGGAAGAUGAGGACUUUGGGUCGAUGCAUGUCACAGCAGCGCACAACGGAUGAGCUUUACUGAUAUUUAGCCGCGUGGCGCAGUGCACUCCAUUUUUUUCCACAUUUUAAAUGGGAUUAAAAAUGUUGUAAAUAUUUGAACUUUUUCUAAGGGGAAGGGACCGGGGUGGGGGGGGCGCUCGUGUCUGAGACAUGCAGCACUGUCGGGGAACGGGACGAUUUGAUAACUCCUUUUUUUUCUCAAGCUGAAUGCACUGAUGGGAGAUUUUUUGCAGUUUUAUAGUAUUUAAAGCAUUUUGCAUUUGCAGCGGGACAGUAUUGCAAUAAUGCACUUUCGAUACUUGAAUUUGUGUAGAAGACGAGAAGGGGGCGGCUGGCAAAAUGGAAAGUAGCUAGGACGCCGCCCGGUGGAGGACACGAAGAGAGGAAAAGCUAAUGCCUUUAUUUUGGGAGUAAUAGGAUUAAGGACUAAUAUCAGGCUUAAUGUGGUAUAGUAAUGAAUGGAAAAAUAACAACUCACUGCUUAAUAAAAAGAGUCUGACUGAG